AUGCCUCCCCGCAAGCCUCGCUGCAACUUCAAGGAGUGCAAGGAAGCUGCCCAGCGAAUCGUUGGCGACUGCAGUUUCUGCCAUGGCCACUUCUGCUCUAAACACCGCAUGCUGGAGGCUCACUCGUGCACUGGCUUGGAAGACUGCAAAAAGGAGUCCCAUGCUCGCAAUGCCGAUAAGCUCAACAGCGAGCGUACCCACGUCAUCAAGGGCGUAUGA